CAUUCCUAAUAAUAAGUUUUUAUUUAUGUUAUAGAAAGCUACAUUGAUACCGGGUGGUUCUGAAUCUCUUGUUUAUGCUACUGUCACUGGUACCAUUGGUGUUCUUGUGCCGUUCACUGCUCAUGAAGAACAAGACUUUUUCCARCAUCUUGAAAUGCAUAUGAGAUCUGAGAACCCACCACUUUGUGGAAGAGAUCAUUUAUCGUAUCGAUCUUACUAUUUCCCCGUAAAAAAUGUUUGUGAUGGUGAUCUCUGUGAACAAUAUAAUUCUAUUGAUAUUGCAAAACAGAAAAGCAUUGCAGCAGAUCUCGACAAAACACCUGCUGAAGUUUCUAAAAGACUUGAAGACAUUAGGACAAGAUACGCAUUUUAAAUUAUUACCUAUCUUAGUUUUUUGUAUCAUAUUUAUUUUAAACAAUUUAAAAUGUAAUUAUUUUUAUUUUUAUUCAAUGAGUUGUUCAGUUAAAAGUAACAAAAUGUCUAACUUUGUUAAAAUAAGUUCCUGGUCUAAGCACACUAUGUCAUGUUGAAUACUUUUUAUGUGUAAUAGAUUAUUCAUAAGACCAUGAUUUGUUUUAACAUCAUAUACUAUUGAGUUCACCAAAUAGUUAAGUAAACAAAUUCUUGACCAAAUCA